AUGCGUUCAUCAUCUUUCAACGGGAAGACUGUGGUGAUUAUCAACGCCCAAAACACAUUGGGAGCCGAGCUUGCCAGCUCGGCAGUCUCUCAGGGUGCCAACGUGGUUGCUGAGUCUGGCAGUGGAGAUACUCUCAUCGAAGCAGCCGUCGCCAAAUUUGGUACAGUCAAUGUCCUGGUCAACAUUGUGAACAGCAAGCCAGACCAUUGCUUGUCCAACAGCACACCGUCAAAUUGGCAGAGUCUGGUUGAAGGCGCUUUGAUAUCAGCAUACAAGUCUUCUCAAGCAGCCUGGCCCCAUUUCCGCAAGCAAUCUUCUGGUAAGAUUGUGCAUGUUCUUCAGCCAAGCGGGACGUCAAACGCACAUUCCAAUAGUAAGUCCACAGCGCUCAAAUUUGGCUUGCUCGGAUUGACCAAGACAUCAGCACUGGAAGGCAAGAAGAACAACAUCUCGGCAUAUCUGUCCUGUGCCUUAGCAACCAAUCUUUUGUAUGUCAACGAGGACAGCCAGCCCCAAGCUGAGCAGCCGUCACCUCGUGCUUUUGUCAACACCAUAUCCGCUCUCAGUCUCACCAGGGACAGCAUAGAGUCAGGUACAUUAUUCGAAGUUUCUGGCAAUAAAACCACCUCGGCUCGAUGGGUGAGAUCGGGUGGCGCGUUACUGAAACCGGAUGCAACAUUCACUCCAUCUUCGGUAUGGCAAAGAUGGAACGAUAUCUUGGAUAUGUCCAAGCCCUCUUACCCGUCAGGACCUUUUGAUGCUGAUGCUGAACUUGCGUAUCUACCCAAGUUGGGACCCAAUAAGGCCUGGAAUUCUUUAAGCCUCGAGGGUCAAGUGGCCAUUGUUACUGGAGCUGGAUCUGGACUUGGGCGCGCCCACGCUCUAUCCUUGGCCAAAUCUGGCGCUGCGGUUGUAGCCAACGACCUCAAAGGAGCAGAGGCAGUGGUAGACGAAAUUCGCGCUCGUGGUGGCAAGGCGGCUGCCCAUAUCGGUUCCGCUACUGAUGGAAAGGGCAUUGUGGCUAAAGCCAUAGAGUCAUUUGGCCGCAUCGAUAUGCUCGUGAACAAUGCCGGUUUCCUCCGCGAUCGCACCAUAGCAAAGAUGGAAGAAGCAUCGUGGAAUGCAGUUCUUGAUGUACAUCUGUUUGCUAUGUAUGAGCUUUCAAGGGCAGCAUGGCCACAUUUUGUUCGUCAAAAAGGUGGUCGCAUAAUUAACACAGCAAGUACCAGUGGUAUUUAUGGCUUCUUUGGACAAUGCAACUACUCAACAGCAAAAUUGGGGAUUGUCGGUCUGGCUGACGCCCUUGCCCGCGAAGGUGCAAAGCACAACAUUGUCGUGAAUACAAUUGCUCCCAUUGCUGCAACAGCUGCUCUUGCUGCAAACAUCAAGACCAUGCCUGGUGGACAACAGAACAAUCCGCUCAAACCGGAGUAUGUCUCUCCUCUGGUCACACUGCUCAGUUCUCCUCAAGCACAGUUUCUGGCGUCUGGUGGCCUGUUCGAAGUCGCUGGCGGCUGGCAUGCCCGUACUGUCCUGCAGCGAAGUGAGGGAGCUCAAGCUGGCGGCUCACUAGAAGAGCUCUUGGCCAGCUGGCCGCGGGUUGCGUCCUUCAAGGCUGAAUUGCCGCAGCAAAUCCCAAUAACUCCAAAGGACCUCUCGCAGAAUACAGAUAGGAGCUGGAAGGGUAACCAGUGGGAGAGACCAACGUACCAAUAUGAAGACAAGGAGAUUAUCCUUUACAAUCUGUCAGUUGGCGCCAAAAGAAAUGACCUCGAUCUGGUCUAUGAGAAGUCUCCAGCCUUUCAGCCCGUGCCGACGUUCGCUCUUAUCCCUGCAAUUGAGGAGUUCUUGAUCUACCACAAUCAGGUCCUCGUACCCAAUUUCUCCGAUCGACGUGUCCUGCACGGCGAGCACUAUCUGGAGAUAUUGAACCAUCCCAUUCCCACGAAGGGUAUGAUGAAGACGACCGGCGAGACCCUAGAUGUGAUUGACAAAGGAAAAGCUGCCAUCACGAUCACAGGCCUGACAACCCGUGACACGGUCAACAACGAAGUCGUCUUCUACAAUGAAGCCACGUUUUUCCUCCGCGGGAGUGGCGGAUUUGGAGGGCCUCGAACCCGUCAGAGUCCUCUCCGGGGUCCACCGCUUUCCAAGCCGCCCCAGAGAGAGGCCGAUGUUACAGUCGAGCAUAGAACCUCCACGGAACAAGCGGUACUCUACCGUUUGACUGGCGACCGAGCAGCAAUGCAUGUAGACCCGAACGAGAGCUGCGGCGCGGGCUUUUCUGACCCCAUAUUGCACGGAGCUUGCUUCUUGGGCAUCACGGGCUAUCACAUCUUUAGAACAUAUGGACGCUACGGAAGCAUCCGCAACAGGUUCUCGGGCGUGGUAAUUCCUGGUCAGACUUUGAAGGUGGAAAUGUGGCGCGGUUCAGGGAAAGAUGCUGGCCUGGUGUACUUCCAGACGACCGUGAUGGAGACGGGAAAGCGAUGUAUCGAUGGAGGAGUGGCAGUGCUUGCUGAACAGCCUGGGCAGAAGUUGUAG